UCGAUUACACCAACGUAAGAUCUCUUGACGAAAAUCAUAAUGUUUAUUGCUUAUAAAACGAAAUAUUUCCUAAUAAAGGCGCGGAGACUUGCUAUUAAAAUAUGGUGGGGAAAAUGGUGGCCAUUUAGUUGAGCAGCAGGCUGAUUUAUUUUUUAUUGUUCUGUCCCACGGUCACGUGUUUGGGGCGCCCUAUCCAAAGGUUCAACUUACUGGACGCAUUGAGCCCCUAGCUGGUGCAGGAAAGCAGCACAUUAUAUGCCAUGAAUCUGUUUUUUCUAAACAUUGCAAGACUGAACCGCGUUAUAUAGCCUUUUUUUUUUUUUUUUUGCUUUUGCAUUUUUUGCAAUGUCGGCAUUGGGAACAAGUUAUUAUGUUGAGUCGCCUGUUCUUCCCGAGCAGGAAGAUAUGGCACCGAGGUACUCGUCAGCUGCAGGGGUGGAGCAGGCGAUGCUCACCGAAUAUGGCGGACAGGAAUCUUGCAAUUUGCAGGCGAAAUCUUCUAUUUUUGGUGGAUCUUGGAGUCCCAUCUCGUCCCAUCCUCCGAACACAGUCACUCCGACCUAUAUACAUCACCAUUACACGAGCGGGGACAGCGAUGGCAUGUUUACGCGCUCCUGGGCGUUGGAUCCGGUCUCUGCGUCCCUGUGUUUGACGGGCUUACCAUCGACAGCCAUGCAUUAUGAGAUCAAACCCGAGCCUCUGAUUGGGAGUGCUGAAUGUACAACUUUGGAGACGCACACACCUCUUUUGUCUGACAUUGAAAACGGUGCGUCCCUUGCGGAGAUUUCCUGCGAAACCACAUCCACGUCUAAAGCCACUGAAGAGAGUCCGUCAGCAGAGGACAAGAGGGAGAUAGAUGCAAAUAACCCAUCAUCCAACUGGCUUCACGCAAAGCCCACCAGAAAAAAGCGUUGUCCAUAUACAAAGCAUCAAAUCCUCGAACUGGAAAAGGAGUUUCUGUUUAACAUGUACCUUCCCCGGGAUCGUAGAUACGAAGUAGCAAGAGUCCUGAGUUUGACCGAGAGACAGGUGAAAAUCUGGUUUCAGAACCGCAGGAUGAAGAUGAAGAAAGAAAACAAAGACCGGCGGAGAGACAGUUAACUGGUUUUGGACUGAUGGUGAAUUAGAAGGG